AUGCCAUUGAAUGAAAAAUACGAAAGGCCUCCGCAGCCACCUCCAGCGUAUGAUCCUAACCACAGGCCGCCCAGCUCGUCCGAGAACUCGGCCGCGGCGAACACCAACGAUGGCCAGACGCCGUACCAUUUUAGACAGGAUCAAUAUUACAAUCUGAACUCCAAAACGAGUGGGGCUCCUAUAGGCAGCUUUGACGAGGCUUUCCCCACUGAAAAUGACAAUAAACCUAGGUGGAACGACUGGCCGUUCACCAUUCUUUUCCUGUGCACCGUAGGAGGAUUCAUCGCCAUUGCCGCCAUCACCUUAAGGGCAUGGUCCCAAACCUAUAGCAGUACGGGUUCCGGGAUAUAUGACGGGGUCGAUACUGGUACAUUAAACACCAAUGCUGCCAUCUUGUUAGUUUUCGUGUGCAUUAUUGCCCUGAUAUUCUCCGUUUUGGGCCUUACGCUCUGUCGGAUUUUUCCGAAGCAAUUUAUAUAUUGCGGUAUGAUCAUCAACCUAGUGGCUUCUCUUGGGACCGCCAUUAUGUACAUGUCUUUGAGGUACUGGUCUGCAGGGAUUGUGUUUUUGGUUUUUACGUUCAUGACCGCGUGGUGCUAUUGGGGCAUGAGGUCUAGAAUUCCCCUUUCCGUGGCGGUAUUGAAGGUCGUUGUCGAUGCCAUGAAGAAAUGUCCUCAGAUUUUCUUUGUUUCAUUUAUCGGAGCCAUUGUUGCCAGUGCCUUUGGGUUUCUCUUCUCCGCAGUCAUUGUGGCUACCUACAUAAAAUAUGACCCCAAUAGUUCCAACGGGGGCUGUGACGUCUCUGGUGGCAGCUGUUCCCAUUCGAAAUUGAUCGGUGUCUUGGUUGUGGUGUUCUUCUGUGGCUAUUAUAUCUCUGAAGUAAUAAGAAACGUCAUCCAUUGUGUUAUUUCCGGCGUCUUUGGCAGCUGGUACUACAUGUCAAAGUCUGACCAAGGAAUGCCAAGGUGGCCUGCAUUUGGGGCACUCAAAAGAGCCAUGACUUACUCGUUCGGUUCCAUUUGCUUUGGUUCUUUGCUAGUUGCUUUGAUCGAACUGUUGAAACAAGUAUUACAAAUGAUUAGAAAGGAUGUCACCUCCAAUGGUGGCGGCCAAAUUGCCAUCCAGAUUUUGUUUAUGGUGUUUGACUGGAUUAUUGGCUUCCUUAAGUGGGUGGCUGAGUAUUUCAAUCAUUAUGCAUACUCUUUCAUCGCUCUUUAUGGUAAACCUUAUUUAAGAGCCGCUAAAGAAACCUGGUAUAUGUUAAGAGAAAAGGGAAUGGAUGCCCUAAUUAAUGAUAAUCUAAUUAACAUUGCACUGGGUUUAUUUGCAAUGUUUGCCAGUUAUAUGACCGCCUUGUUCACGUUCUUAUAUCUACGGUUUACGUCGCCUCAAUACAACUCAAACGGUGCCUAUAAUGGUGCCCUAAUGGCUUUCUCAUUUGUUAUUGCUUUACAGAUUUGCAAUAUCGCAACAGAAGCUAUCAGAUCGGGUACAGCAACUUUCUUUGUUGCUCUCGGUAAUGAUCCGGAGGUCUUCCAUCAUUCUUACCCUCAUAGAUUUGAUGAGAUUUUUAGGGCAUAUCCUGAUGUACUCAGAAAAUUGAGUCACCAGAAUGUGUAA